CCGCAUAGAGCCGGAGCCGAACGGGUGGCGGCGCCAUGGCGUGCGCGGGGCUGCUCACCGUGUGCCUGAUCCGGCCGCCUGCGCCGGAGCCCCCGCGCCCCCCCGCGCCCGCGCCGGCCGCCGGGCCCGCAGGACACGCGCUCUUCCAAGACGUUUUCCGCAGAGCAGACAAGAAUGAUGAUGGUAAGCUCUCAUUUGAAGAAUUCCAGAAUUACUUUGCCGAUGGGGUUCUCAGCCCCGGGGAGCUGCGAGAGCUGUUCAGCAGUAUUGAUGGGCAUCCCGCUGACAAUUUGGAAACGGAGAAGCUGUGUGACUACUUCUCUGAACACCUGGGCGUCUAUCGGCCUGUGCUGGCUGCACUGGAGUCGCUGAACUGUGCAGUGCUCACUGCCAUGGACACCACCAAGCUGGAGUAUGAGCGGGCCUCCAAGGUGGACCAGUUUGUGACACGCUUCCUAUUGCGGGAGACGGUGAGCCAGCUCCAAGCCCUGCAGAGCUCGCUGGAGGGGGCGUCAGAUACCCUGGAGGCCCAGGCCCAUGGCCCACGGUGUGUGAGGAGCUCUGCCCACCUGCGGGUCCGGUCAGAUGAAGAGAGGGUGGAGGUGCAGAGCAGGCCCCGUGGCAGCCGGCGGGCAGGGCGCAGGGCCCUGCGGAGUGUCAGUCGGUCACCCACCUGGUCUCCUGGCUCCUCUGACACAGGGCAGAGCUCAGAGGCUGAGAUGCACUGGCGGCUCCAGAUCAACCGUCUCCAGGAGCUCAUCGACCAGCUGGAGUGCAAGGCCCCCCGGCUGGAACCCCUGCACGAAGAGGAGUUUACCAAGGGGCCCAACUCGCACAUCCUCGUGGCCCAAAGGCAGGUGCAGGUGGCAGAGGAAGGCCUGCAGGACUUCCACCGUGCCCUGUGCUGCUACGUGGACUUCACAGGGGCCCAGAGCCAUUGCCUGCAGUGGGCAGAGGUGGUGGCAGCCCAGGCCUGGCCUGGCCGUCUCUUUGGCCCUGCAGUGUGUCUGCCCAGAAGAUGCUGGACAAUGCCUCCUUCACCCUGUACGAGUUCUGGCAGGAUGAGGCCUCCUGGAGAAGGCACCAGCAGUCCGCCUGCAGUAAGGCCUUCCAGCGCAUCCUCAUUGACCACCUGCAGGCUCCAGACACCCUCACCACUGUGUUCUUCCCAGCAUCCUGGUGGAUUAUGAAUAAUAACUGAGCCUGACCUGCAUAAGCCAAGGACCCUGGAGCCCUGCCUGUCUCCUUCUGGAGCUUCUGGACUGGUCAGCUCAGCUCAAGACCAAGAACGCUGCCACCUCCUAUACCUGGGGCCUGGCUCUCAGAGGCUUCCCCUCCCAGAGCCAGCUGGCGGAGAAUCUCUCAGCCCAGGGAUCAGGGACUGGGCUGCUUGCUUUAUAUUUCUUUCUUUAACAGUGUAUUUUAUUGCUCAUAGCUUUGGCCUCUGAGGCACUCUGGCAUCUGUCUGGCUCAGGAGGCCUGGAUUCUGGUCCCCUCUGCCCCUGCCUUGCUGUGUGACCCAGGGCAGGUCCCUUCCCUCUCUGAGUGGGCCUUGGGCUGUCUGGCUACCUAGUGGGUGCCUGCUUUCUGCUUGCUAUCUUGGGGCCAGGCUUCUGCUCUUCCCCAACCAGCAGCAGAACCAGGGCUGAUGCUCAGGGACUGUCCAUACCCCCGAACCUCGACUCCCGAGGCUGGGCUGGAUCAGUCUGCAGUCUGCAAGGACCUGGGUGUCCCCAUCACCCUCCUGGGCUGGCAGGCUCCUGACUCUUUCAGCACCUGUGGCUGCACCAGAGCCCUCUGCAGGAUCCUGGGUUGGUUUGCAUGUCAUUUGCGUAUCAUUUGCAUGCUCAUGCCCACCCAUACUAAGGGCACUAUGGGAAGCCCCAAGGUGACCUUGCUAAGUAGCAAUAAUUUGGCUCCAGAGUCACCUGCUGCCCCCAGAUACCUCUGAACCCCAGCCCAGGACCCCAGCACAGAGGCAAUAAAGGCAGUAGUCAC